AUUACACAUCCUUGACCAUUCACCAUCAUUUCCACUAUACCCAAACCGACAACGGUGACAAUGUAUAGCAAAACAUUUACUAAUGCAAAUAUGCAGUAGUAUCACCACUAUCGAGCCAUUCUCUCAUCAAUUUCAGUAACUCAAUACAAGAUGAACGGAACAGAAUCAACCUAUUCCGAGAAUCGAGGUUCUCCAAACCGGAGAUACGCUUCAAUCGAUUAUCAAAGAGGGGACGAAUCCAACAUUUCAAAUCGCAAUGGAACUUCUUCCAGCACAAUACGGCCACCUCUGAAAACAAGAAUGAGCAAUGAUAAAGCCGUCAACGAUAGGAUACAAGCCCCAAAUGGCUCAACUCCGGCACUACAAAAUCGUCUAUAUCGUUCAGGCUCUGCCACUCUAGCCCCACCGUCAAACGACUUUCGAGCCAAUUCUGUCGUCUCAUCUUCUCCCAGUAAAGGCCGAGCUAAACGGAACAAGAGAAUAAGUGAGAAAGAAACGGAAAGUAUUCAAUCACAGCUGGCAAGGAAUUUUGAACGUCUAUCUCUGCAAUCUCGCAGCGCACUAGAGAAACAGUAUCGAAAGCAUGGUCGUAGGAUAGCAAGACAUCCCGUUCAAACACUAGUGCUCACUUGUCUGAUCGUGACAUCACUCUUUUAUCCGGCAGUAGGAAUAUACCUUUGGUCUUCAAAAGGUGGUCCUGGUGUGACUAGAGGCGAUGCAGGUAGUGUUUGGCGCAGUCUCAGUACGCCUUUGCUUGAUUCGUUUGCAAGUAGUGGCAGAAAGCAUCAUAAUAGCAUACGAGAUUUGCGAAUGAUCUGGGACGAUGCUCCCGACUUACGUGCUAUUGAUGCUAGGGACUCAGACGCAUACUCUAUCGGCAGCAGUGUCUCGCACUGGCAUUCAUCCUUGCAGCAUGGAACACACGAAGAGAUCAAAUCUAACACGUGUACCUCUGUACGUGUCGAGCAUGUCUUUAUCACCACUGAAGAUGUGAUCAUGGGCCUAGGACAUAGGUAUGGAUCUUUGCACACCCCAAUCCUGCGUUCGGCACUGAAUCUACAACGAAGCAUCGAGACUUUCCUCGAGAGUGGCGAAGGACGAAGCGCGGGUCUUCCAAAUUGCAUACGCGAUCUGAGUACAGAUAAAUGCUUAGUCCUUUCGCCCUUAUCAUAUUGGUCGAUGGACAAAGACCUUAUCGCCACUGACUCUGCACCUACAACGACAAUUUUACGAUCUACACUCAAUUACACCGAGCAAGGUGUCCCGAUCACGCUUUCGACAUCGCUAGCAGGGAGAAGUCACUUAUUCCAACAGCUACCACGCGCGGACCAUUUGGCUUUAACAUUCUUCUUGGAGGACGAAGAAGGCUGUAAUACGUCUUAUUCAGAAAGUUCAUCAAAUGAUGCAAAUCCUGCGCAUUUGGCAUGGUCUUCGAUGUUGCGCAAUAUUACUGGGCGACAAGUGAGCCUUCUUAAUUCUGAUUGGCACGUACCGAAAGAGAUCGUACUGCAAUUUAUACCCCGUCAUCCGGAAGAAAGUUUCCCGACACAGAAAGUUUUGUUGGCUGUUGGUUAUAUCGCCAUGAUUGUUUGGCUGACUCGAAGUCUAUUCAGGAUCCGAAACGUACAUUCACCACUAGGUCUCGCUUUCACAGCUUGCGUGGAAUUGGUCAUCAGUAUGACGCUGGCCAUCAGUGUUUGCGCUUUGAGCGGUAUACGAUUGACGUUGGUACCAUGGGAGAUUUUGCCAUUCGUGAUCGUGGUGAUUGGAUCGGAGAACAUGUUCGCUUUGACAAAUGCAAUUGUAUCCACUUCAACUUCUUUAUCGGUCGGAGCAAGAUUGGCAGCGGGAUUCGAAAAGGCAGGAGUGCCAAUCGCCGUCACUGUUCUUUCAGACGUGCUACUUAUGGCCACAAUCUCAUUCGUGGUCAACGUUCGAGCAGUCAGAGAAUUCUGUAUCUUUGCAAUCUUUGCAUUGAUUGUCGAUUUCUUUAUGCAAUUCUACCUCUACGCAACAGUAUUGAGCAUCGAUAUGCAACGUUUGGAAUUAGCUGAUCUACUCUCACAGGAUAAUCGUGAAGUUCAAAAUGGCAACCACACCCUGAAUGACGAUACUGAAUCGAUCCAUUCUGAAUCAGCCAGUGUGGAUGACGCAAUGACGGAUUCAUUGUUACCUUCGAGGGGAGCGUCUCUCAUCAAACAAAGUUGUCGUGCUGCAUGGCGUGCAAGGACUGCGAGAACAUUCAGCUUAUCGCUUCUACUUGCGUUCAUGGCUGGAAUUUAUCUGUAUCAUGGCUCAGGAUAUACCAGCUCAUUCUCUUAUCCCUUCUCUGUGCAAGAGAAUGAGAGAGCAGCUUGGAAUCAUGUAUCAUCUGAUCUGACUCCGCCUUUGCCAAGCGCGGUAACCAAUGGCGAACAUGCUUUCGAUCCAUUUUCCCAUCUUCAAACAGGUGAAGAUGGAGCAAUAGAUCUCAACAAUCCUCCGUCGCCUUGGUGGCAUUCAUCUCCUUCUGCGCGUUUGUGGCAAACGUUGAACCCGAAUGAUGCUGCUUCCGUUCAUGUCAAAGUGGAACCUUGGACGGUCGUUUCACUACCUUCAGCAUCACGUCAACAUGUGAAACGGAGAAAUUUCGCAAGUUGGGCAAUCUUUAGGCCAAGGGUUCGUGCUUUCAUCUGGUUUUUCAAAUUGGUCAUUCUGCCUAUUGCAGGAACGACUGCGUUAUUGUGGGUGCUGCUGCUUUACCUUUUAAAGGAUACAGAAUUACUGGAUGCUAAACGAAGUAAGUUUGAGGAACAAGACGAAUCGGACGAGGAAAGGAUUCAACUACAAAGAGAAAGAGUGGAAUCAAGUUCACAUCUAGAUACAACCUUGGCAGUUUGUGCGGAAGGCCAUGGGUUUGAUAUAACACUCGUAUGUUAUGCAGGCGUGCAUGUUAUCAGUGUUGCAGCCGAUUCUACCUUGCAAAUAGCAAGAGCAUCACGAAAAGGAACCAAGCUGGAGAAUUUGGUGAUCCUUAAAGAUGUCUUACAGUCGUAUCAUCCUGUCAGUGCUUUGGCUGCGGAUCUUGCAUCGGACAUGAUUAUGAUCGGUCAUGCAAAUGGACACAUCAGUUUAUUCUCGAUUUCGUCACUACGGUUGAUUCGCACCAGUCUGACGGAUCAAUUCACAGAAGAAGCACGACCAUCCAGCAGAAUAUCAAAUAUGAGAUUGUUACCAAUACAACAACCCUCUUCGCCACUUGAGCCGGUUUCAAUUUUAUCUUUCCACAGAGACGGAAGCGCAUGGCGCUGGACAUCGGAUGGACCUCCAACUAAAGCAAUAAGUUUGAACCCAACACAAACUGCGUGGGCAGCAAUUGAGGUUUCCAAAGGUGCGCUCUCAGCAAAAGAUGUUAUUUUAUUCUCUUCCUCUGAUGGAUCAUUCAGCGUGUACAAGCUGAUGGAAGAAGCACCUUAUGCAAAGACAAUCAUGUCUGCACGAAGUACAGCUGGUAUCGUGAAAUGUGCCACGCUACUGAACGUACCGACAGACUCAAGCCGUGCUUCCAAGGCAUAUGUGGCUGUUGGAACUGUUCUCGGGAAGCUUGUGCUGUACGAAGCGGAUACUAGUAGGCAUGUGGCACAGAUCGAUCUUUGUGGAAGUCCAAUCGAUAGGGUGAGAAGUCUACAUGGGGAUAGCACAAAACUAUCAGAGAGCGCACAUGACGGAUUUGAUGGAAUCUUGUUAGCUGCUGUUACAUCCUCUUCCGCUACGCUUCUGAGCUUGGAAGGAAUAUUGUCCACACCAUCUGUUUCUGGCAGUCAUAUUGUACCACCAACAGUCUCCAAAUGGAACCAAUCAUCUGAUCAAGGUUCGACUGAUGCAUCACAUGGACCUCCUGGUUCUCCCAACGGAUCGCCACGUGCUUUACGAAGAAGUAGUCAUUCGAGACCGCCAGCGCCAGACAUGAAUGCACAUGAAAGAUCACCUUCAGUACGCGAAAGCAACGAGAGCAUUCACAGCUCUGAUCCAAGUGGCAGCACUACACUGUCUGGCACAAACACGUUUGGAUUCAAUAUUUUUGCUGAAUUCGACUGUCGUAGAGGUGGUGCAGAUGUGGUGCUUACAGCGACAGGGGCGAGUUUGGUUGGGGUACGCAGGCUGGCAUUCGAAUAUGCAGGAAUGCGAGAUGCCGAAGGAAAUGGAGCAAACAGAUGGGAAAUGUUUGAAGUGAACUUAUACGCUUUGUGGAACAGCAAGUAUGCCAAUUCACAUAAUGUACUCUAUGAGUCAGAUUGUGAACAUCUUGUUCGAAAGGCGCCAUUGUUGAUCGAAGAAGAAGCAUCAUUGGCCCGGAUGAAUGAUUCUUAUGACAGUGGAGCGAUCACAACAGCACGAGAAAGAGGACAAAAUAGCAAUAUGCUAAGAGGAUCCCGAGCUGUACCAACGACGUUAUCAUUCACCCGUUUAGGUCACGUAAGCGCAUAUUACAAGAAUGAUCGGUCACCUGCUGCGAGUAGCACGAGGUUGCCCGUUCUUUUCACAUUUGGUAAUGCAUUGGGCAUUGCUUAUGCAACUCCGGACAAGAGCGUACCGAAGAAAGUUGAACCAAAGGUUAGCUAUCAAACCAUUCGAAAAGGGCAAUAAGCGAGAAAAAAAAAGGAUGUUUUUGUCAAGAGAUAAUUGUAAAUCAUUUCACCUUUGUAUAAUUAAUUCAAAUUUACAUGAGAGUCGUCAAUUUCAUGAAAUGUAGUCAACAAUGGUACAGUGU